AUGCGCGCGGUGACGCUAGGUAUCACUUUUCUGCUGACCGGAUCCAUCAAUAACUGUGCGGACGUGUUCAAUUUUGCUCGUCUCAACAUUCCAUCCUUCCCGAAUGGCACACAUGUACCCGAUGGAUCGAUUUAUGAAAAUCUGCGUGAUGUUGAAUGGCUGAUAUCUUGGAUGGGCGUUGGGUCGCUUUUCGGCAUCGUGCCGUUCGCAAUGCUUUAUCAAAGAUUUGGUGCUAGAUAUGUGCUAUUUAUCGCAGGAAUGACAUGUUCAAUUGUCACCGCUCUUCUGCCUUCCUUUCUAGAGACAAAUUAUUUUGUGUCGGCGGUGCUACGCUUUAUUCAGGGAGUCACAUUUGCCGCCGAUUUUGGGGUAAUCGGCUACGUGGCGUCGCAGUGGUCAUCGAUGGGAGGCCUCGGGAUGAGCCUGGCGAUCCUCUCGGGCUUCAUCGCGCUUCGCGACGUCGUUCAGCAACCCAUCAAUGUAUUGCUGGAAAAGGACGCGUGGGCUUGGAAUUUUUAUGUGAUGGCCAUACUUGCGUUUACGUUUUCAAUAAUCUGGGUGAUAGUGUAUCGUGAUAUGCCCGUCGACUCGCCAUGGAUUUCCGAGGAUGAGAUUUUGCGGAUAAAUGAGGGGAAGAGUUUGAGCCAUGUUGAGGGGCGGAUGGCGGUUCCGAUUAGGAAAGCGCUGGGCGACUGGCGUAUGUGGGGUCUUUGGGCAGCCGCCUUCAUAGACACGUUCACCGCCUUUUUCUGGAUGCUUUACGCGAACGACUUUUUCGAAAAGCUUCAAUUCGAAAAGAACCAAAGAGCAACAAUGCUAAUACCGCUUGGCGUGUCGUUUUUGGUUGCCAAAUUCAUCACCGGAUUUUUGAGCGACCAUGCCCGAUGCGUCUCGCAACUCGUCCGCGUCCGCAUCUCCGCCUUCUUCUGCUUCCUUGGCCCAGCGUUGGCAUCGUUUAUGAUACCGCUGACUACAAGCUACACCGCCUACGCCAUGCUGUUAAUAUUCGUCUGUCUGACGGGUACUAAUGUUGGCGGGUUCUACAAGGCUUGUUUAUUGAUGUACAGGCAAUACUCCUAUUUCGUGGUGGGAACACUACAGGUCUUCAAAACACUCUCCCUAAUCCUCUCCCCAGUGCUGAAAUCGCUGAUUGCAUCCGAUGGAACACUGGCGCAAUAUAAUGUGGUGUCCUUCGGCUUUGGUGUGGCCCUUCUCAUAGGUCUCGCGCUUCUGCUGGUUUCGGCUUCAGAUGAGAAACGAUAUUGGGUUGAAGAUGAGGACGAGAAGCCCAUCAAAGAAAAGCACUCCAUGGCGACG